UAUAGAAAAAUGGGUUGGUGCGAAUUUCUUGUAAAAUGGCUACUAUAUUUUUUUAACCUGCUCGCAGUGAUAGUUGGCAUCCUACUGAUCAUACUCGGCAGUCUUGUUCUGGAUGGCAUGGGUGAUCUAAAAUCGGACAGUAAUAUGGAUUAUACCAAUGUCGUACCCAUUAUUGUUAUAGUACUGGGUGGUGUCAUAUUUAUUGUGUCCUUCUUCGGCUGCUGCGGCGCACUUAGGGAGAUCAAUUGGUGCAUCCUAUUGUACUCGCUUUUCAUGUUCAUACUGAUGUGCCUGCAGAUUGCACUUGUCGUUUGGUCUUUUGUGGAGAAGACAGAUUUCCUCAACUCUAUGAAUAACAUUGUUCAUAAUGCGUUUGAGAAUAGAAAUGAUGAUGCUGACAACCCUAUGAACAUACUACAGAUUACAUUCAGCUGCUGUGGCUAUAAUAAUUACACCGAUUACACCAGCACCGUGCCACCGUCUUGCUGUGGUUUUGUGGAGACGGAUGCUCCGUGUCCAGCGGUCAUUUAUGAUACCAAACCGGGUUGCGAAUCGGUGUUUUAUAACUUCUGGUCCGAUAAUUUAGGUUAUGUGCGAAUUGGUGGCAUUGUGGUGGUUGCUAUAGAAUUCUUGGCAUUGAUAUCAGGUUGUGGUUUGGCGGGAUGCGUACGAAAAGCGGAACGUAGAAACAUGGCUUAGAGAAUUGGCUCUACAUCAAUAGUUAAUUAUUUAUUUUAAAUGUUUCGUUGUUUGUAAAAUAGAAGUUUGUUUUAAGCGCAGAA